AUGAAUUUUGUUUUUGUUCAGGUAAUUCUUCUUGAAAAUAAUUAUGUGUUUAUUCAUGAUUCAAAUUCUACAACUGUCUCCGAACUUUUAUAUGCUGCUGCAUGGAUUUGUAGUGAAUUUUGUUCGCCAAGUGUUAUUUUACAUAGUCUUAAAACAACAUUAAAGUUAAUUGAAAAAUCUGAAUUUAAUAUUAAUGAAUUAUCAGUAUUAUUUGAUGGUGUUCUUAAUCCAAUUGUUGCUAAAGUUCAAAACAGUGAAGAUGAAUCGAUAACAACAAGUUCAUCUUAUGAUAAUAAAGGUUUAUUUUAUGAUGAUGAUGGAGAAAAUUCUAAUUCUAAUUCAUACUCUGGUGAUACAUUAAGUUAUCAUAAAUCGAAAAAAUAUAUUGAAUCAACUGCUGAAGAAUUAGAAAAACAACGAGAAUCAAAAAAACAAAGUGAACAAAUGAAUCCAUUCUAUUUAAAAGAUUUAAAAAAAAACCAAAAUUGA